GAUCGUUAUUGCAAUCAUUUUUCUUGAAGAUUUCGUAUAGAAAUAAAAAGAGUAUUAACACAUUUUUUUUAAAAUUAAUUAGUCUAAAAUGAAACAAAACGCCCCUGACUCUCCAUUGCUUUUACAAGAAGGGACAGAAAACGUUGAACUGCAGCUCGACUUCAAGCAGGACUCGGAAGAGGAAGAUUUUCUUCCACCGGAACCAAAACCCGCUAAAAAGCACCCCUUCCAGUGCGAAAUAUGCGACAAAAUUCUCACGACCAAGCAAAACCUCAAAUUCCAUGCGAUCGUUCACGAAGAUCCGACCAAACGGGAAACGUUCCGAUGCGAGAUCUGCGAGGGCAAUUUCAAGUCUCGAGUCGGGUUGAAAUAUCACCUGAAAACGAAGCACGUCGCGGAGAAUGAGCGCGAGAAGCUGCCCUGCCCGACGUGCGGCCGGAUUUUCAAAAGCGAGGAAGGCCGGAAGAUCCACAUGACCAUUCAGCAUGGAGCCGGGGGACCAAUCUUCAAAUGCAAGGAAUGUCCGAUGGUAUUCGCGCGGAAGCCCCACCUCGACCUUCACAUGGCGACUCAUGGCGCGGGCCAGCACGUUUGCAUGACCUGCGGGAAGUCGUACGCCAGGCUGAAGGACCUGUCCCGGCACGAGGCCACCUGCGGCGUCAAGGAACUGUGCUGUCCGGUGUGUGGCAAGCAGCUUCGGAGCGAGCCAGCGCUUGAGAAUCACCGGAAAAAGUGCCGAUCGAGCGGUUUGAGGUGUGAAGUCGGUGACGGUGAGAGGCGGGGACGUCCGAAAAAGAGCGGCUCCGGCGGCGAGGAUGGCAAGGUUCGCAUGAGGCGCAGCAAACAUGACCGGUUUCUUGGACUGGACCAUUUAGCGGAUCCAUCUUCGCUGGUCGAAGCAGUCGUGGAACCGGCCAGGGUUGAGCCAAAGCCGAAGGAACGCAUUUUGAAGAGAUUCCAGUGCGAGCAUUGUCCGCUGAAGUUGGCCGGAAAGAUAGCACUGUUGAAUCACGGACGCAGACGGCACUGGGAGGCUUUCGGGCUAACGGAGCCGGCUCCCGAAAAGCGAGGACGCAAGCGGACGCAUCCGGUGGGACACAAGAGGAAGAGGAUUCGCAAUCGGCGUAAGAUCAUCAACUAUGUUGACCCUGAGGAGUUGCCGGAAGAGGAUGAGUGUGACGCAGAGAACGAGGAAGCUGAUCCGGUAAAGGCGGAAGAUGUUGAAGUCGGAGAACCGACGAUCGAAGAUCCAGUUGAGAACGUGACCAUUCCAGAAGAUAUUAAAGAAAACGUUGUGUACAUUGAGGAGAAAUUGCAGCCAACUCAAAAUGUUGAAGAACCAACACUUGCUGCAAACGAAGGCGCCAUCAAGGAAGAGAUCAUUGAGUUUGACGAGUACGAAUUCGGUCACUUUGAGGGUGAUUCGACCGACGACGAUCCCGUUGAGGAUGAAACGUUUGAGCACGUUGCGGCUGAUCUUGGGCCCUUGAUUCCGGAAGAGCCGCCCAGCGAUGAAGUGGACACUCUCGACGUUGAACCGGCGAAUGAUCCACAAGUCUGCGACGAACUCGUGAUCAAACUGGAAAAGCUAAAUUACACCAAGCUGGUUAAUCCGAAGGGGACGCCAACGUACCGUUGUGAAGAGUGCGGUAAAUCUUACCGGCUUGAGCAUUACCUUAAGGUGCACAACGAAAAAGUUCACGGCAUCACGGAAGAAACUGUUGAAGGUGUUUCUUUACGCUCUUGCAAGCACUGUGGAAAGAAGUUGAAAUCCUGGUAUAAUCUACUCAAACACAUAAAGUUGUACCACGGUGAAACCUUCGAAGAAUCACAGAUCGUUAAAUGUCCGUCGUGUCCUGUGAAGUUUCUCAAUCAAGAAGACUUAGUCGGGCACGUCUGCACUAGGAGUGGCGUUUGCGAAAGGGAACCAAGGGAGCGUUCCUUCAAGUGUGAUCUGUGCCGUAAAACGUACACUUUCCUCCUUCAAUUGGAAGCGCACUAUUCCGUGCAUCCAGAAUACCAGAACUUCAAAUGUGACCACUGUUCGAACGGAUUCUACAACGAAAGGGAGCUGAACAAGCACAAGAAGAACGCGCACGAACCGAAACCUGCGGUGACGAAGAUUCGCCCCUUCAAAUCCAAGUACAAAAAUCCGUAUCCCCGAAAGGAAUGUGAACAUUGUGGACAAACGUUUGCACACCAAUACCAUCUAGCCCAGCACCGAGUCAAGGAACAUGGAAGCACGGAAACACCGGUGGCAAACAAAUUAGUUCCAAAGACUACGCUUCCACGAAACUUCUCUUGUGACCAGUGCGAUAAAUCAUACCAUCUUCAGACUAAUCUCACGAUUCACAAGGCCAAGGUUCAUGGCGUUGGAGAAGCCCCACCAAAGUAUCAACCAACCAAAAUCUUAAAGCAUACCUGCAAACACUGUAAAAAGGAAGUGUUAACCUGGCGCGGUCUAGUCUACCAUCUGAAGAACAUCCACGGAGAAACCAUCGACGAAACGCAGCUUGUCAAAUGUCCGUUGUGUCAUAAGAAAUUCCUCACCGAUGAGGAAAUGACUGGACAUUUUUGCUUCAGAAGAAACGUUCCCGAAAAGGAUCGUCCCUUUAAGUGUGACCUGUGCGAAAAAGCUUACCCCCUGAAAAAUCAUCUGGAAGGCCACUAUUCCGUCCAUCCGGAAUACCACAACGUCAAGUGUGACCAAUGUCCGAGGGGAUUCUACAACGAACGGGAAUUCAACCUACACAAGAAACACAUGCACAAACCAAAAGAUGCCUACGUUGAGUGCAAGAUCUGCAAUCAGUUGUUCAAAAGCACACAAUACUUGGCACGACACCAGGAACUUCACUCCGAUCGUAAAUACUUUUGUGAACAUUGUGGCAAACCGUUUAAAUCUCGAUUUAUGAUACAAUGGCACGUAAAAACCAUUCACACGAAUCCAAACGAUCAACUGAUCGCUUGCACAAUUUGCGGGAAAAAAAUCAAAGGAAAAACAAGCCUGAAAUAUCACAUGAAAACACACAACAACGAUCGACCGUACACAUGUUCCUUUCCGUCCUGUGACAAAAGCUUCAUCACGAGGGGCGAUUUGAACAAGCACGUGCAAAGUCACACAAAGGAUUAUAAGUACAAGUGCAAGUUCUGCGAUUAUGGGACUAUUUCACGGAAGACAAUUGUGCUGCACGAGCAGCGGAACCAUAACCACAACCGGUUCGCUGAAGUGAACGAUUCGUAAGACUUUGGGAAGUGUUAAAUAAAAGUUUAUUUGAAUCA